GGUUGCUGGGUGAAGCAACUGGCUCUGUGAUCCAUGUGACUGCAGUUUCCGUUGCUUAGUUCCUUCCGCAAGUUCAAAAAUAAUCUGAUAUUAAGUGAGAGGGCAAACAGCUAAUUUUAAUAUUAUAUGUAGAGAUACAGAGGGAAAAGAGGGUACGGGCUGGAGCAGAAUGAACGUCCCAGUGCUGAGCGUAUUGCUCCUACCCCCGGAGUCCUGCUGUUGAAAUGGCACUAACAGCCCUGAGUAUCUUCGUGUGGAUAGCUUUCCUAGAUACAGGAUGGGGAAGCAAACCUGCAGCCUAUCACAGUCUUUGCAGACUGGAAGAAAGAACUACAGACUGCAAAGGCAGGAGGCUGAGCUCUGUCCCACAAGACUUGCCUCCUGGAACAAUGGAGCUCUUCCUGGAUGCAAAUGUUAUACAGACCCUAAAGAAUGCAUCUUUAGUAUGGUAUCAAGUCCUGCAGAGCCUCAGUCUGUGUGAGAAUGGGUUGGAGCUCAUUGAGCCUGGGGCAUUCCUUGGCACCAGGAGCCUCAGUAGUCUAUCUCUGGCCAACAAUGCCCUCUCUGUGAACUAUUCUGCAACAGCAGCUGCUCUGGGGACUUUGCCUGCCCUGAGGAAGUUGGACCUAUCUGGAAAUCUGCUCAAUGAAGCUAAGAUGGCCACCCUGAUCCAAGAUUUGUCCUCUCUAGAAUCUUUGUCCUUGGCCUGGAACUCCAUCAUGAGGCUGGAUGACUCUCACUUAAAAAAUCUGCCCAGGCUGCAGCACCUAGAUUUGCAGCAUAACUACAUAUUUGAGAUUGAGACUGGUGCCUUUGAUGGUUUGCGAUGGCUACAGCAGCUUAAUCUGGCCUACAACUACAUUCCUUGCAUUGUGGAGUUUGACCUGACCCAACUCCGGGUGCUAAAUGUCAGCAACAAUCAAAUCGAGUGGUUCUUGGCUGCAGAGAAUGAUGCUGCCUUUGAACUAGAAACACUAGAUCUUUCCUACAACCAGCUCCUCUUCUUCCCGCUGUUGCCCAAGCAAAAUAAACUGAGAACUCUGCUGCUGAUGCACAACCAAUUGAACUUCUACAACAAUAUUUUCAAUGACUCAGAGGGCACGGUGCAACUGCUAUUCCUGGAUGGCAACAUCACCAACAUCACCACCCUCGACCUCUGGGCAGAAAACCAUCAUAGCAACCUCUCUUCCCUGCAGUUCCUAGACAUGAGUUGGAACCAGCUCUGGUACCUCCCAGAAAGGUUUUUUGAAGGCAUGUCUUCCCUUGCUCAUCUGAACCUCAGCCACAACUGCUUAGAGACAUUACAGAUACAGGAGAGUGACCUGCUAAGCACUCUCGUUGACUUGGAUCUCAGCUACAACCAACUUCAGGAUCUCCAAAUGAACUUGGGCCAUAGAAGCAGCUUAGCCAACCUCAGAACGUUGAAUCUGAGCACCAACAGACUGUGUGGCUUGCCUGCUAAAAUCUUUACUCACACAACAAAGAUCACUACACUUGACCUCAGUAAAAACCCAAUAAAGCUUUGUGCCUCACAUGCUGCUGGAAGUCCCAGUUGCAUAGAUAUCAGUAAUGCUGGCUCCAUAAGGAAUCUUUUCCUGUUUGGCUGUGACCUAGAAAUACUGGACACCCACAUCUUUCAGGGGACUUCUAUAGCACACUUAGACCUUUCUGACAAUCCUAGGUCACUACUUGAUGGCUUAGGACCUCUGAAAGUUGUUGCACAAUCACUGCAGGUGCUCUAUCUUAGGAACACUGGACUUUCUGCUGCAAGGACAAAUAUGGACUUCUCUGCAUUUCAGAAGCUGGUAAACCUAGAUCUAUCUGAAAAUUCCCUGGCCAGCUUCCCUGAAUCUUUAACAGGCCUGGAACUGCAAAUUCUGGAUCUAAGGAGAAAUCGUCUCCAUGCCCUACCUCAGCAUGCCAUGCAGAAGCUUGGAAAGAGCUUACAUGAGAUCUACCUCAGCCAGAAUCCCUAUGACUGCUGCCAGCUGGGUUGGUGGGAUGCCCUGCAUGACCAUGACACUGUACGCAUUCUAGACUGGAGUCAAGUCACUUGCAACUUUUCCUCUAAGUUCAUCCGUGUAGCAGAUUUGCCUGAAUCAAUCAUCCAGAAUUGCAAGUGGCUAACGGCAGAUAUGACUCUACUGCAUCUGGUCCUUGUUCUUCCUACCUGUUUGGCCCUGCUAGUUGCCUUUGUUAUCAUCUUUCUGACUUUCAGGCAACAAAUUCUUCAAAUGGUGAAGAGCAGGUACAGAAGGUCCAGCCCUUAUUGACUCUGGGAUGGUGUGAAGAAAACAGCCACUGGGACCCUCCAGAAUGGGCAUAGGUAGGGCUGGAAAGCUAGAAAAUCCUAUUGGGUGAUAAUGCAUCCAUUAAUGGGGCUCCAGGAAGCCACAGUGUGUGGCAAUGCUUUAUAUGGAGUUGCCCAAUGUGUGUAAUAAAAUGUCCUCAUAUGUAGUUGACAGGAAUGGCAUAGGACACAGUUCUGUGCAGAGACAAAUGCAAGAUAAUAAUCCUGUUUAAUGGUCACAAUAGGAAGAAAAUGGCCUUUAUAAACAUGAAAGACAAGUGAGAGGGACUGAUGCUGGGAACCAACCAUGAUGUUUGAAUAAAUGCAGCUCCCAAACAGGUGUAACUUCUUGACCAAGCACUAACUAAUUUUUUUCCCUUUCAGUAGGAACACUUUCCCCACCCCCACAUUUAUCCACUUGCCAGUUGAAAUACUCAUAUGACAGACCAAAUGUUGGAGGGA